AUGGAUCCCCUAGAUGACCUACUCACACAGCUCGAGGGAGUCGAAGAAGAGGAGCUAAAGCCUGUAAACCGAGCCCCGCGGCUUCUGAACAUGGAAGAAGCCUGCGAAAAUCAAGGUUCUAGUGAGAAACCCAGCGAUUCUAGCUCGAAAAAUCGAUAUGAAGAUGAUGAUAGUGAUGAUGAGGAGCUUUAUGUGAAAAAACGAGAGCUCACGGAGCAAGGAGCUCUUUUAAAGCGGCAUCUGGAGAAGAAUAGCUCAACGAGUGGGCCAAAGGCCACAGAUGCUUGGAAAACUAAUAAAAAAUCAGUGCUCACCGGGCUCACGAAACCAUCCACCGACACAGUAACCGUCGGAAUUGUGAGAUUCGACAAAUUUCAAAUAUCGAUUCGGAAUCCGAAAAUUUCGGCGACAAGUUUUGGAGCAUUUACUGCUGGAAUGAAGCUUGAAAAGCUAUCAAAUCUGAAACCAACGUCAAAUUUCAAAGAAGCAUGGUGCACGAUUGGUGUUAUUGUGGAAAAGGGUUUCAAGAAGAAAAGUGCAAAUGGAAAUGAUUUUUUGAUUUGGAAAUUACAUGAUUUAAAGGACUGUCAAACCCAACCAGUGAAGCUUCUAAUGUUUGGAGACGCUAUUAAAGAUCACUGGGAGAUUAAGCUGGGCUCAGUAAUUGCAUUGAUUUCUGCUCAAAUUGCCGAUGAUUCGACUGCUUCCGGAGCUAAAAAAACCGUGUCGGCUACGCUGAAAGUGGCAAAAUCGAAUAAUAUCGUGGAAAUUGGACAAUCCGCACAUUUUGGGACUUGUAAGGGAAUCCGACAACAAGACGGCCAACGAUGCAGUAAUUUUGUAAAUUCUUCGCUCAGCGAAUUCUGUGUAUUCCACGUGAUGAGCGCUGCGAGGAAAUUGUCGGCUAAGAGAGGUGUGUUCAACGCGGUGACAUGUGGCCCAAACGUGGGCGGCCUCUCAUUCAACAAGAAGCCCGGCACGCCCCGCCCACCGAUUUCCAGCCGACCAGGAAUUUCCGGCUCCGGACUUGCCACCUCCAGCGGCUCCCCAAUGCUCCGUGACACAAUGCGACCAGCAGACAGCUUCACGCUGACCACACCGACUUCUGGCCUGAAAAAGAUUACAAAAGAGGAGGAGAAAUCGUCGUUAAAUGAUCUUUUGAGCCAAAGAAAAAACACGUUUGCCGCCCGUCAAAUGCUGAAACUCAAAGAGAAAAAAGAUGAGAAACUGGCUGAAAGUGUGGAGGAAAUGAUUGAAUUUUUGGGAACUACAGGCGGCGAAGAAAAGCCAUCAGUUCAUUCGAGUUUUGGCGAAUUUCUAGCAGCCGACACCCGACGGGAAAAGGCGGCUACUGUCGAUUUACGAGCUUCUUCUGCAACUUCUGGAACAAGUGCUUCUUCUCCAGGCGGUUCAAAGCUAUGGACAAUGUCACUGGCGAAUAAGAAAGCUGCUCCGUUAGGUCAUAAAGAUGCUCAGGAGCAUGCCGCUAGGCUCCGCGCAAUCGCAAUUCUCAAGGCAAAACGAAAAGAAGCCGAAAUGGAGAAGCUCACCGGAGGCGGCGGCGGAGUCAAGCGAAAAGCUUCCGGAACACCGACGGCUCCGGAGCCCGAAGCAAAGAAGCCGAGAAGCCAGAAAAUGGAUGAGAUUCGUGCGAUGCUCGCCAGAAAGAGCACACAUCACAAGGAAGCGGAGAAGGCGGAGCACGACAUGCUCCAGCGUCAUUUGACAGGAAUGGAAGAACGCGAAAAAGUGGAAACAUUUACGACGACUUGUGUUGAAGUUAAAAAUGUUAAAGUUGUCACGUGUAAUCAGUGCAAAUACACAUCACAAUUCGCAUCAUCAGAAUGUAUUAAAAAAGAGCAUAAACUCAUUAAACACACCGCUGACAAGCGAUUCUUCAAAUGUACUGGAUGCAAAAAACGGACUGUUUGUUUUGAAAUGAUGCCUGUCAAGCAUUGUGCGCACUGCAACGAGAACAAAUGGGAGCGCGUAGCGAUGAAAGACGAACGAAAAGUGGUUCUCGACACGGAAAAUCUGCUGCUCCGCGGUGAAGAACGUCCGUUUGUUGGCUCCUGAACAUCUGGAAUUCCCUAUUUUUCUAAUUUUGCUGUAUUUUUCCAAUUUUGGCUGUAAAAUUUUGAAUUGAAUUUAACGCGCGAAAAAAAUUAAACCAUCAAU